CGGGUGGAAGCCGUCACCAGCCCUUACAAACCCAACAACACGAAGAGCUUCAACAUUAUUUUCAAAUACAAUAACAUAAUAAUUCCUACUGAGUAUGACUAUGAAAGCCGUUUCGUUGAUGGGACGAAGUAUUAAGUACACAUGGAUGACCCUGACAGUCAUGUCCGAGACUCCCAUUCUCGAAUUGUGAUGGAAGCCACUCCAGAUAGUUCUUCUGGCCAUUGUUCCAAAAGCUCAUCCUCUGGCAAAUAACCAUGCUGUUUGAGUUCUUGCUUCUCCAUUCUUCCGUCGUACUACUUGCCUUAUUUACCAAGAGGACGCUUACUAUAAAGGAGAUAUUACCAAGGACGCUGGCAAACUCCCUACUGUGACCUAUUGUCGUACGGGGGGGGAGUGUUAUAUCUUCGAAAUUGGUCAUCCUGUGUUAUUUAAAUAUUGGUUUGGAUUGUGUGACAGCUUCAAUUGGUGUAUCUCAAACAUAUAACCUCAGUGUGGAGGCGAGCUACAGGACAUUGUGGAAACUUUGUAAUUAUAUUAUGAAUCAGAAUAUUAUAGUAGUGGUGGGGGAGGUCGAAUCCGACUCUGAGACAAUACUGGAAACAUCAGAAUCUGGAACUCUUGUUUUUAAAAAUGUAUCAUGUCAGGUGAAUUUUGAAUGCACCAGCAAGGCAUCAAUACCAAUAAUAUUUAGUACCAUCUUUUCUUCAGUUAAUGAAUCUUGUACGCAGACUGACAUCCCUACUAAAAGUAAUGUUAGUGUAUCUGUUGAUGUAAAUGACUUUAUCCCUCCUUUGCCUCUUAAUAAUGUCACUAAAAUCAAGACAGAAAAGUUACCCAAGAUAACAGAGACAGAAAAGGAGUCUCUCCUUGAGCAGACCAUUGAAGAUGUGAUCCUUGGCGUUAACCCAGAUGAAGAGAACUGCAGCACUGAUCAGCCCAGGAAGCCCGAACGCACUGAGAGACUGUGCAGUGAAGCUGUUCUCUUCCCAUUCUCAAGAGAGGAUGUGAAGAAUCCUGAAGAUAGUGAAUUCAGCUCUGAUAAUGAUGUUGCUUUCUGGGAGAAGAUGAAAAUGAAAUCUAGGAAAAGGAAGAAAUAUAAAAUAAAAGCUGGUGGUUCUGAAAAAAGAAAAUAUUUGAAAUAUCCAGCAGGCUUUAGUAAUUAUGGCACUAAGAUGCCACUUGAAGAGAACAGUUCAAUCCUAGGUAAGAUAACAGUCACUCUUCCACAGCCAGAACCAACACAAGAAAGUAAAACCAUUGAAAAAGAAACAGAUUCUGUAAAAAAUGAGGUUGAUAUAAAAAAUGAUGACUGGGUGACAGAUGAUGAAGUGGAUGCUGAAGAAGAAGUGGAUAUAGAUUUAGCUUUCAAACUUGAGUGGAAGAAGAAGCGUCAUCCGUAUAAUACAAAGGAAAAGAAUUUUGUGUGUGAGGUAUGUGGUAAGCUGUAUUCAAAGCAUCAUUAUUUAAGAGAGCAUAUUGUGAGAGAUCACAAUGAUCAUGAGCAAGCUAAGAGAUACCCUUACUGCUGCCAGCACUGCAAGAGACUAUACAGUGGUGAGAGACAGUUAAAGUAUCAUCAGCAGCAACACAGUGGCCCCUGUGAGAUCUGUGGUCUCAUGCUGAGGUGCAGUGGACUCUUUUGGAUCCACAGGAGAAAUCACGACUCCCAGUGUGAAGCUUGUGGCAAAAUAUUUCAAACAAAAAGUUCUCUAGAUAUGCACAUGAAACUUAAACACACUGAAAAAACAAUUCCAUGUCCUCUGUGUCCAAGAAUGUUUCCAUUCAAGUUUCUCAUGAAUAAGCAUGUUGCCAAGGCACACAAUUCUAGUGCACCUUUGAAACAUAAAUGUGAUGAUUGUGACUUUCAUGCUAGGACUGAGGGUGCUCUCAGAAUCCAUCAGAGGAGGAUGCACACUGUGGUGUUCAAUUGUGAUGUAUGUAACUCCUCAUUUAACACAAAAUUUGCAUUUGAUGAGCACUUAGCUCUUCAUGUUGGUGAACUUGAAUUUUCUUGUCAGUUGUGUAUGCAGACCUUUAAUUCACAAAAUGAUUUGUACUUUCACCAGAAAACUGUUCACGAGGGGUCAACCAGUGGCACCAUAAUAGAACAACCGGCUCUUACUGGCCAGUUGCAUCACAAAAUUCUCAUGUCUUAUCCAUGUGAAAUAUGCAACAUAAAAUUUCCUACCCGCAAAAAACUCAGUCGUCACCUUUUGAAAGUUCAUGGCAUAGAUAUUAACACAGCCAGAGAAUCAAAAGAAGUCGAGGAAUCCAUUCAGGUAGAAGAAAUGGAUGAAACUGCCACCGCUGUAAUGCAGAUCAAUGUUAACAAAGAGGAUCUUCAGCCAAUUGAAUCGUCUCCAGACUUCAGAGAGAACCAGACCAUUUUUACUCUUACUGGAGGUAAUUUCCAAGGAUCCAGAUCAGCCCUUUUAAUGCCAGCUAAUGUUGUUCCUCCUGAUGUUAGUAUCGUAGAUAUUGAUGGUGUGCGGUACCAUGUCAUCAGGGGCACCCAGUAGAAACAAAAAGCAGUAAUUCCUUCAUUACCAUAUAGGCCAUAUUCCCACAAAAGAAAACAUUCAUUAUUCAUUCAGGACAGCAAUUAAAUGAAUGCUGGUUAAUGUUUCAUUUUGGUCACUGUUUUAGUGCAAGACUGCUGAUAUACUAAAACAUAUAUGAUGUGUAAUAUAUCAUUAGCUGCAAAUUAGUGAGCACCUCAGUUAAUAAAAUUUAUAUACAAUAGCUAUUUUUGGAGAGAAACCCAUCUUUUGCUAAUAUAUUUUGUUUAAAAAAAAUUGAAAAGGUAGAUGGCAGCAAUUGUGCUUGUUUCUAUUAUAAUAGAUAAUUACAAUAUUACAAAACUUAUUCAUUAGGAGUGAAUGGAGACAAAUGGUUUUUAAUACUUGAUGUGCUGUUGGAGUGUGAGCAAAGUAACAUGAAGGGAUUCAGGGAAACUGGCAGGCCGGACUUGAGUCCUGGAGAUGGGAAGUACAGUGUCUGCACUCUGAAGGGGAGGAUGUUAAUGUUGCAGUUUUAUAACUGUAGUGUAAGCAUCCCUCUGGCAAGACAGUGACAGAGUGAAUGAUGAGGAAAGUUUUUCUUUUUUGAGCCACCCUGCCUUGGUGGGAAUCGGCCGAUGUGCUAAUAAAAAACAAAUUAAU